UUAAUCAUCUGGCUGGUGAAAGAGAGGUGUUAGAUGUAACUUAUUCUGAAUGUCACAUAAGUGACCUAAUUCAAGGACAACGGUACUACUUCCGUGUUGCCUGUGGAAAUUUGAAAGGAUACAGCAAUUUUGUUCUGUCUACUCCUCCUUCAGUUGUCCCUUCCAGUUGGAGAGAUGUGGAUGGUCGAGAAGCUAGAUUCACAGGAGUAAGUUUAAGAGUUCUAGAUAAUUUGUUUACUGAAAUGCGCAAAGCUCGACCAGAGUUUGCCGCAGAGAUAAAAGAUAUUCAAGAAUCUUCAAGUCCUGGCGGUGAAACUCCUAAUGUUCAAAGACGGAAAAAAACUACCAUAAAACAAUUGUUUACUGCAGCAUCAAAAUUUCAAAAGAAUUUGCGGAGAGGUGUUUAUUUGUCCUGUAUACUGUAUCAUGAAGACAGGGUUCUUGUAACAAAUGAAGAUUUCUUGCCUGUCAUUGAAGUAGAUGAAACCUAUCCCAGUUGUAUUUAUAAUGAUUUCCACUGGCUCAUGAAGGUGGCAUGUACCUGGGAUGAUGUAAAGUCGUUACGUCAGGAUAUGGAGAAGUCUUUAAAUUCCUCAUCCAUUCACUUUCUCAUUAAACUGCUUCAAGCUGCAGCCCAGAUGCAGACUGCUCUUUGUAUUCAAGACCUAGGACAACUUUAUCACAGACCUUUAAGAGAUUCCCAAGGAACCUUGGUAAUAUCAAUGGUUAACUAUGUUAGAUCUCCAAAAUCAGUCUCUGUUCUGAACUCUCGCUGGUUGCCCAUUGGGAAAGUAGUAAAGAAAGCUUCAAAUCAUGAUGAUCCUAAUGUUGGGGAAAUUCUUAUGGCAUCAAUUCAGGAGCAAAUUAUGUAUCACCAGGUCAGCAGCAUAAGAUUGUCUCGAGGACUUUAUCUUGGUUACUUGAAAAUGCACAGUUCAGUUGAUCUCAUUCAAGUUGUAGUUCCUUCUAAAACACCAAAUGUAUUACCUCAUUGCAAAAUACGUGACAAUCCCCAUGUGUCAGCAGAGGAAUGGGAAGGCCUGAAGCAUUUACGAGGAAAAUUAAGUGCAGCAAUAGCAAUUCAAACAGAAAAAGACAAUUCUGAAGAAAAUCAGUCUUCAAUUGAUCAAUUAGUAGCCAAUACAUUCCAGUCUGAACAACAAAGAGUAUUUGUUGAUUUGGUUGCAUCCACUGCCAGACGACUUUUUUCAUAUAUGGAAAUUAAUUCUGAGGAAUCGCAUUUACACAGACUCUAUGAUGUUGAAGUUGUGGACCUAACACCUGAGGUGUCUUUCUUGGUUGCUGUCCCACCUGCUGAAAGCGCUUGUGCUGUCCCUGGUCAAAGAGAUAUGCUUCUCCAAAGAGGAGACCUUUUAUCAUUACCAGUACAAGUUUUUGAAAUGGUACAUUUGGCAUCAUAUCAACAUAAUGUUAUAUCUCGCUACUCUCGUCUCUCGUGCAUCCUUGAACUAGACAUGCUUCUUGCUCAACAUAGUUUAAGAGAGGCCUUCUCAACUGCUGAAGUCUCUCAAGCUAAAGAACGUUUGUGGAAACUUCAAGAAAUUGACUCACAGCUUAAUGCAGUGAAGAAAGGAAUUAGAUGGCUCAUGGAUCUUGUCACAUUUACAAGAGAUCGAGGUUCACAGCCUCAUGGUGGUCCACCAGGGAUACCCAUGAGAACACUUUUAGCAAUAGGGGCACCUAGCAAAGGAAAGGAUGGUGGCUCUUUAGGCGUGAAGCGUAGUCUCCUUCAGCUACCGCCGCGAGAUCAAAAGCUUGUAAAGUCAAGUGCAAGUCGGGGAAGCUGGCCUGGUCCUGGUGUCAGUGGGGCUCCAUGCUUACUUGCCACUGAAUUCAGCAAGAGCGAGCAGCAGUUGAAUACUAGUAGAAACACUGCUUCUACCACAACUAUUGCCUCUCCUAGCAUUGCUGUAGCUACCUUGUCUCUGUCCCCUCCUCCACCUCUUCCCAAUCCACGAUCAGCUGGGUCUGCCCCUGUUGUUAGUGGAACUCCAAGGAAAGGGAGUGCUGGUAGUGUAGGCUCUGUUGGGGUCAGGGCUGCCAGUCCAGCCUAUAGUAAUUCAAGUAUAUGCUCUGCAACAUUAGGCGGAAAUAAUUCUCCAAGCUCUUUGAAAGGUUUACCAAAUUCACGUAGUGAAGACACUUUGCUCAUGUCUGCGUCUCAACGGGUUCAUUCACUGGGCCACCAACGUAGUCGAUCAUCUGUCCUCACUGCCAGUGUAUCGGCAACAACUUCUCCUCUUCUUUCUGUUCGUUCCUCCAUUCAUGGUGCAAGCAACCAGCCUGUUGGAAGUGCUAUAAGUGUUAGUGGAAUGAGUACUGGCAGUGGAGUGAGUGGAGGAAACAUUACUGCAACCAGUGAAAGCCAGCAUUCCUUAUCUUCUGAGGAUUCGGCCGUUGUCAAUAUUGGCAGUGUCGGAAAUAGGAACCCUGCAGAAGACGAGGAUGAUGAGAGUGGAGCAGGCUCAGUUAUUGUGCCCAUUCCAUCAUCUGGAAUUCUCCAGGUGUAUGCAGCCUACAAGACUGGCCUUGCCUCCGGCACGAGCCUGAAGGUCCAUGUUACUCCUCAAACUUCUGCUCGCGAAGUUGUGGACUUAGUUGUAAAGCAGCUGAAUCUUGCGGCUGUGCUGAAAGGGAAGGGAGGUCCUGUUUACCCUGAUGAUCGACUGGAAAACUUUUGCCUAGUUGCUGUGAUUGGUGCCCGUGAACGGUGUCUUCGUGAUGAUUUCAAGCCCUUACAAUUACAAAACCCCUGGCGGAAGGGUAGGCUGUAUGUAAGGCAAAAACAUGAUGUUUUGGCAGCCCUAGACCAGUGUGCUCGAAGACCCACAGCAUUUCUGUAGAGUAUUGAAUGAAUUUGUGAUGUUAGAAACUUACCUGUGCAGCGAUUUCCUGAUUACUGUAGUGUUAAAGGGCACCAUUAUUGUUUCAUGUCAAGUCUUUUGAACUUUUUUCUUGAAAUCUCAUAGUUUUCUCAGACCUUAUUUUAGAGAGUACUUCA